ACUAACCUUGUUCAACUCAUGGCGGGAAAGCAGAUCUGCAUUUCGUGAACAGUGACAUUGAUGAAAUCGUUUUUUGCACAACCUACUCCAUCCUUGGCACCCAGUUCAAUCUGUGGGUCUCUGGGAUGCCGCUUUGAAGCUUCCUUCCUCCAGCUUGCCCUGCUCUAGGCUACUUUGUCGUUCUACUUCUAAGAAUUUGAUGAAUGGUAGAUGUUACAACACAUUGUGUUGUAGUAAUUGGUGAUUUUGCGCUGGUCUCAGUUGCUGACUACAGAGAUUGCUUGCGAAACAUUACUGUUGAUCAGAUUUUUGGGAGGAGUGUGGGGUUGAGAGGCUCCGAAGUUGGGGGUGCAUGAUCGUGGUGAAGAGUAGGCCAUUGAAUCAAUGACGAGAGAGGUUUAGCAGCAGGGAGGGUGUUGUGAGGUAAUUUUUUUGGGGUCUUUGGGUUUUAGGGGAAGGGCAGCAUUAUGGAUGCAAAGAAACGGAUUGGUGCCCAUGGAAAUUUUCCGCCGUCUAAGCGGCUACAAGCAAAGGGGCAAGAGAUGCCACCGCCAUCUACAGUGUCACCCGAUGUGAUGGAGGAAGAAGACGAGGACGUGUUUUUAGAAGAGACCCUCUUGCGUGAGGAAGAGUUGCAGGAGUCCAGAGCUGCAGGAGCUGCACUCUUUACCAAAUGGAGACGCCCCGCUAUUUCGAGCUUGAACACUCAAAAGAGCAGCAUAGUGUUCCAGCAGCUUGAGAUUGAUUACAUCAUCGGGGAAAGCCACAAAGAACUCUGUCCUUACAGAAGUGGACCAGCCGCAGUGCUCCGCAUGUUUGGAGUGACGCAAGAAGGGAAUAGUGUAUGUUGCAAUGUGCAUGGUUUUGAACCCUAUUUCUACAUCAGCUGUGUCGAUGGCAUUGGACCAGAUGAUGUUCCAAAACUUCGUAGUACAUUGGAGACUCGCAUGCGAGAGGCAAAUAGAAAUAGCAAAUCGCAGACUUUCGUUACCAAGAUCGAGGUUGUGCAAAAGCGUAGUGUAAUGUAUUACCAAGUGCAGAAAGCGCGAUCCUUCUUAAAGAUCUUCGUUGGUCUGCCGACUAUGGUGGCUGGUUGUAGAGGAAUUCUUGAAAAAGGGAUCAAUAUAGAUGGCAUUGGUCAACGGUGCUUCUUGACCUAUGAGAGCAAUGUACUAUUUGCACUACGUUUCAUGAUUGACUGCGAUAUUGCUGGUGGGAACUGGGUUGAACUUCCGGUUGGCGCCUAUCAGAAGAGCUCCAGGCAAUUGUCCUAUUGUCAGUUGGAAUUAGACAUACACUACAGCAAGAUUGUCAGCUAUCCAGCAGUAGGCCAAUAUUCAAAGAUGGCCCCGUUUCGAAUUUUAAGCUUUGAUAUCGAGUGUGCAGGGAGAAAAGGCCAUUUUCCAGAACCAGAGCAUGAUCCUGUCAUUCAGAUCGCCAACUUGGUUACAGUACAAGGGGAGCAGCGACCUAUGGUGAAGAACGUCAUGACUCUCAAGUCGUGCGCACCCAUUGUUGGUGCUGAUGUUAUGUCUUUCGAUACAGAAAAGGAGGUCCUUCUUGCUUGGAAGGAGUUCGUCAAAGAAGUGGAUCCAGAUAUUAUUAUUGGAUAUAAUAUUUGUAAAUUUGACUUACCCUAUCUUAUUGAGAGGGCAGAGAAGUUGGACGUGGUGGAGUUUCCGAUACUUGGUCGUAUCAGGAACAGUCGAGUUCGUAUGAAGGACGCAUCCUUUUCAUCAAGGCAAUACGGUAUCAGAGAAAGCAAGGAAUUAACCAUAGAGGGACGGGUCCAAUUUGAUCUUCUUCAGGCCAUGCAGAGGGAUUACAAACUUAGUUCCUACUCUUUGAACUCAGUUUCUGCUCAUUUUCUUGGAGAGCAGAAGGAGGACGUGCAUCACUCCAUCAUAUCCGACCUGCAGAAUGGAAAUUCUGAAACACGUCGAAGGUUGGCAGUUUAUUGUCUAAAGGACGCUUAUCUUCCUCAGCGAUUACUGGACAAGCUUAUGUAUAUAUACAAUUAUGUUGAGAUGGCUCGUGUUACUGGUGUUCCUAUCUCCUUUCUUCUUGCUAGAGGUCAGAGUAUCAAGGUUUUAUCACAACUCUUGAGAAAAGCUAAACAGAGGAAUUUUGUGUUGCCCAAUGUCAAAUCACAAGGAGUAGUAUCAGGAGAAAGUUUUGAAGGAGCCACUGUGUUGGAUGCCAAAGCUGGGUAUUAUGACAAGCCAAUUGCUACGCUGGAUUUCGCAUCGCUGUAUCCCUCCAUUAUGAUGGCCUACAACCUUUGUUACUGCACUUUGGUCAGGGCUGAGGAUCAGCACUAUCUGAGAUUAGAACCAGAACAAGUGACUAAAACUCCAUCUGGAGAUAUGUUUGUGAAACCCUCCUUAGAAAAGGGAAUACUGCCCGAGAUCCUUGAAGAGCUACUAGCAGCCCGCAAGCGUGCAAAAGCUGAUUUAAAGUUAGCAACUGAUCCGCUGGAGAAAGCUGUGCUAGAUGGACGGCAGCUUGCUCUUAAGAUCAGUGCGAACUCGGUGUAUGGAUUCACGGGGGCAACUAUAGGGCAGCUGCCAUGCCUUGAAAUCUCCUCCAGUGUCACCAGCUUUGGGCGGCAGAUGAUAGAUCAUACAAAGAAACUGGUUCAAGAGAGAUUCACUACAGCGAACAGUUAUAGUCAUGAUGCUGAGGUUAUUUAUGGAGACACAGACUCGGUCAUGGUGCAGUUUGGAACUUCCGAUGUUCACGAAGCCAUGGAGCUGGGAAGGGAGGCAGCACAGCAGAUUAGUGAUACCUUUACACAGCCUAUCAAGUUGGAGUUUGAGAAGGUUUAUUGGCCAUACUUGCUCAUCAGUAAGAAGAGAUAUGCGGGACUCUUGUGGACCAAGCCGGAGAAAUAUGAUAAAAUGGAUACAAAAGGGAUUGAGACAGUCAGGAGGGACAACUGUCUCCUCGUGAAGAACUUGGUCACAGAGUGUCUUCAUAAAAUUCUCAUUGAUCGUGACAUUCCUGGAGCAAUUCAAUAUGUCAAGAAUACCAUCUCAGACCUACUCAUGAAUCGAAUGGAUCUAUCUCUUCUCGUCAUCACGAAAGUGCGGAUAACAGGUUUGACGAAGGCAGGAGAUGCUUAUGAAAAUAAAGCUGCUCAUGUGGAGCUAGCCGAACGUAUGCGCAAGCGGGACGCCGCAACUGCUCCAAACGUUGGUGAUCGUGUGCCUUACGUUAUCAUCAAGGCAGCGAAGGGUGCGAAGGCAUACGAGAAAUCUGAAGAUCCUAUAUAUGUACUGGAGAACAACAUUCCAAUCGAUCCACAGUACUACCUAGAAAAUCAGCUGAGCAAGCCCUUGCUACGUCUUUUUGAUCCCAUUCUUAAGAAUGCAAGCAAGGAAUUGCUUCACGGAUCGCAUACACGGUCAGUCUCGAUAUCGACACCUUCCACUGGCGGUAUAAUGAAGUUUGCUAAGAAGCGUGUUAGCUGCGUUGGUUGUAGGACUCCUAUCAGUGAGGAGAACCAAAUUCUGUGCAAACACUGCCAGGGACGCGAAGCUGAGUUGUACCAGAAAACAGUUUCUAACGUGAGAGAUCUGGAACAGCUGUUUGGAAGGCUGUGGACAGAAUGUCAACGUUGCCAAGGCUCCUUGCACCAAGAUGUUUUAUGCACGAGCCGAGACUGUCCUAUUUUUUACAGGCGGAAAAAAGCUCAAAAAGACCUGGGUGAGGCCGAACUACAAUUGGAGAAAUGGGACUUUUGAAACAAAAAAUUGCUGAAAUUGUGUUGUCACACAAGUAUCACUUUGGCGGCUCACGGAGUUUAUUGCGCACAAUUAGACACUCACUAAGCCUGGAUGUAGAUUAAGUAGUGGAUUUUGAACUCUAAAAUUUAGUACAAUUCCAUUGUAAAGGUUGGCACCUCUAUUUUCUCCCUUUCAUGAGUGACUUAUGAGGCUUUUUCUCUUUUGCAUAAAUAAUGGCGCCGGGAUCCUCAAACCCCUCUCCUAAGCUUCUUAACUGAA